AUGGCGGUGGCCCUGUCACCAGAUCAAGAGUUGGCCACUAAGGCGUUUUUGGACGCGUUAAGCGAGUCUGGCGCUAGUUGUGUGUCUCGGGCUACAGCUAUCAAAUUUCUUUUGGCGAGGAAGUUUGAUGUGUCCCGAGCGCACACACUGUGGAGACAGCAUGAGGCGACCAGACGGAGAGAGGGACUCAUCAGGUUCGAACCGUUUGAGGACCCGCUGAAGACUGAACUAGAGACUGGGAAGUUUACUAUACUGCCAACAAGGGACGCGACGGGUGCAGCUAUAGCAGUAUUCACAGCCAACAAACACUUCCCCAACCUGACCUCGCACCAGACAACCUUACAGGGUGUAGUGUAUCAGUUGGACUGCGCGCUCCAGUCACUGGAGACCCAGCGCGCCGGGCUGGUGUUCGUGUAUGACAUGACAGACUCCAAAUACACGAACUUUGAUUAUGAACUGUCGCAGAAGAUACUCACCAUGUUGAAGGUGAGUACAUCCAUACGAAAUGGCCUUAUAGUUUAA